AUGGAUUCGUUACGAAACAUCGCAGCUUCGGGAAUUACCGUCACAAUCUCCCCAACGCAGCUCAUUGUUGGCGCAGGUCUUCUCGGUGUCGCUCUGGGACGACUGUUCGCACAGCUUGCACGGCAUCUCCUACUACGGCGAUCUCAGCUUACAGUAACGAGUGCACAUCAUGGCGGCGAGUCGCUUUUCGCUCCGGUCGUUACUUCUUCGUACACUCCCCUUCUUGACAUCGACUAUAACUUGCAUAAGUCUAAUAGCACAUUUUUCAACGAUCUAGAUGACAAUCGGACCGAGCUGCUGCUGGCUUUAUUCAAGGACGUAGUCAAGCCGCGCCAACGCGGGAAAGGCAGACUGCAGGCCAAAAUGUUCAACCUCGGUGGCACUUGCUGCAUCUUCAAGAAAGCUAUCGCUCCUUUUUCCAAGUUCGAGAUCAGCUCCCGCAUACUGUGUUGGGACGAAAAAUGGGUCUACGUCGUAAGCCACUUCACCAAACCAGGCUCGAACAGCGCGAGUCGCAUCGUUCCUGAGGCAUCAACGAAGAAGCAGGACCCCGUCGCUGACCGGGCCGGUUGCAUUUACGCUACAGCUGUCACCAAAUAUGUCUUCAAGCAAGGGCGCAAAACGUGUGCGCCCGAGUCCGUCAUGCAGGAAUGCGGUCUCUUACCACCGCAGCCAACUACAGAAGAAUCGGAAGGACGGAGAACUGGCAUUUCGCAAAAUUCCCAUGAUCACUGGUCUUGGGAACAGGUGCAAGAGGAGUGCAACAAGCACUUGCAGGUUGCCCAGAAUUUUGGCUCGCUUGACCAGCUGCACGAUACUUUCGUGGGGCAUUCUGCACCUGCUAUGUACCAUUAUUGA